AUGGCAGCUUCUUCCAAACCGACACAUGAAAGUUCGCAUUCAUAUGACACACUCCCGAAUGACCAGGACUUUGACUCGAUGAUAUCUGAUGCGAUGUCCACUGCUGAUACUAGAACCGACUUCUACGACCGCAGUCUGACGAGUCGCAGAUAUGCCCUUGUCGGAGUGGCAUGCUCAGGUAUCUUCAGCUGCUUAUGCAUCGUUGCAGGCAUUGUCACUUUAGCCAAUCACGGAGUCAUGGGAGUAGCCGCGGCCAAUCUUCAUAUAAUAGACAAUACUCAGUUGUCCAUUCAGGAGAUACCCACCCUGACACUUAACUUAAUCGUCACGUUAUGCACCGAGUCCAUAGGCCUCAUACAUGGCAUCUCAUUGCGCUCUGCGCUAGCCUCAGAAUCUCGGCUUCAUUUCAACACUAAUCUGCGCCUCCUGACCACAGCUCGUGGGUGGUAUAACCCUAACGGCGUCCUGCUUAACGGUAUCUCGGCUAUCCUCCUCAUUAUAUCCUACAGCUCAGCCUCACUCGUUGGGCCAGAAGUAAAAGGGAUAGUAACAUAUGCGGAUUCCGGUAUUGCCAUCGUAGGGAUGCCUCUCCUCUUUCUGGGCGUCGCACUCCUCCUCCAGGUGAUGAUCGCAUUAUCAGGGAUGCGGGCUGUCAAAAUAUUGACGUGGAGCUCCUCACCUUUCGACUUGACUGCCGCACUUGUCCACCAUACGCAAUUGACCCCUGCUACUUUGCGGUGCAUGCGUGGUGUGUCUGACCUAGACACGCAUGGAGGUCCAGCGAAGCCAUCAGGAAUGCAGCCCUCUGCGUGGCAUGCCCACCCUAGCAUUCGGAAAGUUGUUGUUUCUCUCUGGUUGAUCGUUGCAGCAUGCGCUGGAUGGGCCGCACUCGUCAUGUAUAUUUGGGACAAGUAUAUGAGACGAGAUAUCCCCCCGCUAACCUCACAAACGUGGACGUUGUCCCCCUACAAUAUGUCCAAUUGCAUCUUGUAUAUCAUGCCGGGUGUCAAUCUUGAGUGGUGGAUUCUGCUUUUUGUCAACAUGGCAGUUAUCCAGGGACCAUUGACAAUUGGGCUGCAUUGCUCGGAGCUCAUCGCGAAUGUCAUUCGAGACGAAAGGCAAUGGAGAUGCGCUACCGGAAGGAAAGGACUUAGAACCUCGAUGAACCCGGUGAAGACGAUCUUCGCUCAUCCGAUUUGUCUUGUACUUUUCAUCGCGAAGCCUUUUCUGCACUGGAUGUUUGGGCUUGCACUCAACAUAACCGAAGAUUCCAUUCGCGGGAAAGUAUCAAUUUAUGGUAUAUACAUGUACACUGCCCAGAUCUGGAACUUAUGCAUAACGCUGUUUAUAUUUGCCUGCUUCUUCACUUAUGUCGCACUGCGCCGACCGCGUGGUCCUCAGCCGGCUGCAUACGGCCACCUCCAGACGCUCGCCAACCUCGUGGACGAGUGGUCGCCUGUGAUGUGGUGGGGACACAAGAAGGACGGAAUCCCGUACUGUCAUGCUGGGACGAGCAACCACCCACUGCCAGAUGUGAAAAUGGACUGCGUCUAUGCUGGGUCCGAUGCUGUGUCUCUGGUACUCUCGUGA